CCGUCUAACAGAUAAAGUAAGAAGCGUCUGAUAGCGCGGAACUCAUGUUCCUCUCUAAAGUCGCGGUAGAUGUUCCAGACGGAAACAAAUAAGCGUAGGACCGAGAAGCACUUGAUCGCUGCAAAGCUAUUUAGAAAUAGUGGAAACAUGUUGCUGUGGGAGAAACAUGCAGCUGUAAUGAAUGUUUGUUGACUUAUUAAACCACAGAGGUUUCAUGGUGGAUGCGGUAAAGUAGUCGCUGUGAAGAUUUCAUUUGCGAAAAGAUGUUUGCCAAACCGUUUCGUGUCAAAUCCAACACUGUACUCAAAGGAUCAGACAGGAGAAAGUUGAAAGCUGACCUUUCAGCUGCAUUUCCAUCCGUUUCUGCUGAUGAACUGUCUGAGCUCGUCCCCAACAAAGAAGAAAUUAAUGUCGUGAAGAUUUAUGCACACAAAGGAGAAGCUGUGACUCUUUAUGUUCUUCAUAAAAACCCUAUCUUCUUUGAAGUGGAGAAACGACUUUAUCCUACAGUGUAUGUUCUAUGGCGACACCCUUCUCUCCUACCAGUAUUCAGAACAUGGGCUCCUGUGCUUCAGAAGUUGAUUGGAGGGGCCGAUCUCAUGCUGCCAGGUGUGGUGAUGCCUUCAUGCGGGCUUCCAGAUGUAAAACAAGGGUCCUGCUGUGCUGUUUUGAUUGUGAAUAAUAGGGCUCCUGUUGCUGUUGGAAAAGCUGCAGCAUCAAGUGCGGAGAUGCAGAGCUCGGGUAUGAAAGGGAGAGGAGUGUGUGUUCUUCACACGUACAUGGAUUACCUCUGGGCGUUUGGAGAUAAAUCAAAUCCUCCCUCUUUACCAGAUGAGGAUGAUGAAAUAGAAGAUACAAAUGGAGAGAAAUGCAAAGUUAGUGAGAAAGAAGAACGUAGAGAUGAUGAUGAUGAUGAUUUUGGAACGUGUGCAGAGGAGCAGCAGAGCUCUGGUGAAACCGUUACAGAUCAAGCCUCUUCUGGUUUUGAGGAGCUGAACCUCACUGAGACGGAGGAAGACAAGGUGGAAAGCAAUGAAAAAGGCGAGGAGAACCAGGACGAGCAGAAAACUCCUCAAGAGGAAAUGGACGCCCUGCUGCUGCAGUGCUUCCUGCAUGCUCUGAAGAGCAAGAUUAAGAAAUCAGAGCUCCCUCUGCUGACUAGCACAUUUCUCCGGAACCACAUGUUCACCUGCUGCCCUAGCGGAAAGCAACUGGAUAUCAAGAAAUCCAGCUAUAAAAAGCUGUCCAAGUUUCUACAAGUCAUGCAACAGCAGCACAAUCUUAUUCGAGUGAAGGAACUCACCAAGGGCGUGGAGAGCAUUGUGGAAGUAGACUGGAAAAAUCAACAACUGCGGUCCUUCAGCAUUCCAGAGGAGGCAGGUGUUGAAGAAACGGCGGUGCUGAGUGGAGAAGGAGAAACCCCGUACCACCCUCCAGAGAUCACUACUCUGUACUCUGUCUCUGCUCGGUUGGAGCCACUGUUUUUAGAUGCAAAUAAGAGGAAAGGGACGACAAUGCUUCCUGCUGAUGUCAGAAGUAUAAUCACUGAAUAUGUGAAGAAAAAUGAGCUGGUGGAUGAGAAUAAUAAAAAUUAUGUGACUAUAAACCCGACUCUGUGUGACUGCUUACUGGAGAAAUCAGAAUACCAGGAAAUAGAGUCUCUCAAAUGGGAUGAUCUUUUUAGCAGGACAUUGGGAAGAAUGCAAGAGUGUUAUCAGGUUGUGUUUCCUGGACAAGCAGCAACAGUAAAGAAGGGUCACAUUGAGCCAAUAGACAUCUCUGUGGCUUCUCGAGGUUCUAAUAAGAAGGUGACUCUAAUAAAGAAUUUGGAAGUGUAUGGUUUGGAUCCUGCAGUAGUUGCCACUGCUCUGCAGCACAGAGUCCAGGCCAGCGCCGUCUUACAGAUCCUCCCUGGAGCUAAAGACAGAGUCCUGGUCCAGAUCCAAGGAAACCAGGUUCAUCAGGUUGGGAACCUGUUGCUUGAUCAUUAUCAGAUUCCUCGCAAGUAUAUCCAGGGCCUGGACAAAGCUCCCAAGGGUGGGAAAAAGAAAUAAAAUUGGACUUAGCUGUGCCUGCUUUUUAUUGCACUUAAAGCUGUUAUCAUAUUACAUGUAAUGCUGGCCAUUCUUUUAAUUAAAUUGCAUCCACUAUCCCUUCCUGA